CUCUCUCUCUCUCUCUCUCUCUCUCUUUCUCUGUCUUGAUUCGAAUUCAUUCAACGUGCCACUUCACGAGUGACAACGACGACAGAGAGUGAGUAAGAGUAAGAGAGUAAGAGAGUAAGAGAGUGCGUGAGUGGUGACUCCCAAGCCAGCUCCCUUUCUUGUCAUCAGCUCUCUUCUCUUUCUCUCUUCUCUUGGGUUGACCACUUCUCUUAACCUUCACUCUCUCACAUUCACUCACAUUCACACACACGCGCUCGCGCUUGGAAUGAACCUCGUGCUCGUUUUCCAAUCUCAACAAAGCACAUGAUGAUGGCGAUAAAGAAAAAAAAGCUCGUGUCAAAAUGUUUUCUUUACCACCGUCAACGUAAACGUCAGUCUCAAUGGUUGGUGGUUUGUGAUUUCCGAUAAGACACCCCCCCCAACUCAUGCGAUGACAGUGUGUGCAGAUAAGAAACGAACAUAAAAAAAACACAGCCAUGGUCAGCAUUUGAAAACAAAAAAAUGACGAUGGUGCAGUGUUUUGUGCUGCAAUGGGACGAAUUUGGCGGGAAAUCUUGAAGCUGGAAAUAGUGGCUGGCACAGUGACACCCCCCCCCUCCCGCUUAGCUCGCAUUGGAUGCAAGAUGGAAAAGUGCAGAUGGAAGGAAAGAAUUGCUAAAUCACUCUGUUGCUGUCGCUGUUGCUGCGUUGCACAGGCGUACGAAGCGCUGGAAGUCGGCGAAGUGCCGGUCGGCUGCGUCAUUGUACUGCGCGAAACAGGCCAAGUCAUCGGUCGAGGCUGCAAUCGCACCAACGAGACGAAAAACGCAACUCGACAUGCGGAAUUCGAAGCAAUCGAUGAGGUACUAAGAUGGGUCGAGGCGAAUUCUGACAUUGCCGCGGCUCUUGGACAACCGGCAACGACUGAAUCGCCAGCUCGCGGACCAACCACUGCAUCGCAACCCGUCGCCAUUCCCACAGCGCGGGCGUCUUCUUCUGCUGCUGCUUCUGCUUCUUCUGCUUCUACUUCGUCGCCGUCGUCGCCAUCAACCACACUUCCGCAUUCAUCGUGCUCGCCAACUUCGCCGCCACACGUUGGCCCAUUCUCAAUGCGCCGUGCAGGAUCGCUGAGCGCAUCACCGCACUCGCCGCCAACGCUUUCCCUCUUUCUGUCAGAGCGCGCAACCAGCGUCGCAACGUCGACACAAAUCUUCCAACACUGCGACUUGUAUGUCACGGUCGAGCCCUGCGUCAUGUGCGCCGCCGCUCUGCGAUUAGUCGGCAUCGGUGCCGUCUACUACGGUUGCGGCAACGAUCGGUUUGGAGGGUGCGGGUCUGUGCUGGACAUUCACUCGGAGAUGCAUCGUCGUGCGUCCUCCGAUGAUGCCAGCGCUGGUGCCGCCGACCCUAAUCGCAACUCGCGACCAUUCCGGUGUAUCAGCGGCAUCAUGCGGUUGCAGGCCAUCCAGUUACUUCGCGACUUUUACCAAUCCGAGAAUCCGAACGCUCCCGUGCCUCGUCGUAAACGAGAUCGUGAAACUCAACUGGCCGUGUAAAAAACGUCGUCAGAUUCGGCAGGGCGCUCGCAAAUUUGAGCAUCAUCAUCAUUCGUAUUUGAGUUUUGUUUAUAUUGCUUCGAGUGGCACUGUGAAUGUUAAGGUUUAUGUUAAGGUGUAAUUUCAGCAAAAUUUUGUUAACAGCAACACAAGACAAAAAUCAAGCGUGGAAUUGAAGAAAAC